ACCAAAUAAACGACCAUUUUAUGGCCCUACGCUAUCUCCUCAUUCCAGAUUUUCAGUCUCUGCUUCUCUCUCUGUCGCUCACUACGUCAAAUAGAGAGCUGGAUUGAGAGAAACCAUGUUUCAAUCUCGUUUCACCUACGUAGCUCGGACUGUCAAGUCUACAAAAUCCCGCCUUUUCUCCUCCACCAUUGAACCUACAAAACCUCAGUUUCCACAAACCCUAGCUGGCCUCCGCGCCCGUUUAGCCGCCGAAUCUCCUGACCUCUCUGAAUUCAACGACCUCCAAUCCCACGACUGGUAUUCCGUUGAAGUGGGUACGAAGAAAAAACCCCUUCCAAAACCGAAAUGGAUGAAGGAAGCUAUCCCAGGCGGCGAAAAGUAUGUCCAAAUCAAGAAGAAGCUGAGAGAAUUGAAGUUGCAUACCGUUUGCGAGGAGGCCAAGUGUCCGAAUUUGGGGGAGUGCUGGUCUGGCGGCGAGACUGGCACUGCUACUGCCACCAUUAUGAUUCUGGGGGAUACCUGUACUCGUGGUUGCAGAUUUUGCAACGUGAAGACAUCGAGAACUCCUCCUCCACCUGAUCCUGAUGAGCCUACCAAUGUGGCUGAGGCAAUUGCUUCAUGGGGUUUGGACUAUGUGGUGAUUACUAGUGUUGAUCGUGAUGAUUUGCCUGAUCAAGGGAGUGAUCAUUUUGCUCAGACUGUGCAGAAGCUCAAGGCUUUGAAGCCAAACAUGCUUAUAGAAGCAUUGGUUCCUGAUUUUCGAGGAGACUCUGGCUGUGUAGAGAAAGUUGCAAAAUCAGGAUUGGAUGUCUUUGCCCACAAUAUUGAGACAGUUGAAGAACUUCAAAGAGUUGUACGAGAUCAUCGAGCUAAUUUUAGGCAAUCUUUAGAUGUUCUAAUGAUGGCAAAAGAUCAUGCUCCCUCUGGAACACUUACCAAGACUUCCAUAAUGUUAGGCUGCGGGGAAACACCUGAACAAGUUGUGAAAACAAUGGAGAAGGUGAGAGCAGCUGGUGUUGACGUGAUGACUUUUGGUCAAUAUAUGAGACCGACAAAGCGCCAUAUGCCUGUAUCUGAAUACAUUACCCCUGAGGCUUUUGAGAAGUAUAGAACACUUGGCAUGGAAAUGGGAUUCCGUUAUGUGGCCUCUGGUCCCAUGGUCAGAUCAUCAUACAAAGCUGGAGAAUUCUAUAUCAAAUCCAUGAUAGAAUCAGAUCGGGCGGCAUCAUCACAACUUUCUAUCUCUUGAUGAGUGCUCCCCCUCCCUCUCUCCCUCCACAUAACAUCCCAUGUUCAUCACAUUGUGUGUUGCUUGACCAAUGAUUACUUCAGUACAAAUUUAAUUGCUUUACCACUUGUCAAAAGUGAUAUUUUAGAAGCUCAAGUUCAAAGAGGCCAACCCUUCUGUGGCUUGUCAAGGUUAAAUAAGCUCAAGCUCAUUUAAUAUGUUUUGGUUGUAAAUUCGAUCUGUUGUAAUUCAAAAAUUUUCCCCUUCUCCAAUUCUUUCAUAAAUAUUUCAUCCUGUUGGGUUGAUACAUAGUACUGGAUCAUUUUCAAUGAGAUUGACCCAACAUUUCAUGCA